CACGAACAAUGUAGAAACUGAAUCGUUUGCCGCCAUGUCUAUAAAGAAAUCCGCUCUGUUGAUACCAUCCUGCGCCUCGGCAUGUAGCCAGUAUAGCCUCAGCUCCUCACAGCACUCGGUAUGCACUCGGGCUCAGCCGUCGCAACGUCGGUACGCUACGCAUCGUAACACGCCCUCGCAGGCGCACGAUGGCAAUGAUGCGUCUUCGCGGAGCACCGACCCUUACUUCUGGCCGACUGCGAAGCCUCCGCGAACCGUUCCGACGCCAUACGAGAUCUUCCAGAUCGAUCCGAAGGCGCAGUACGUCAAGUCGGCACGGUUUUAUGAGCUGGUGAAGGUGUAUCACCCUGAUCGCCACAAUCAUCAUGUAUCUUCGCCCGCAGCCUCGAUACCCGAGUCCGUACGCCUGGAACGAUAUCGGCUCGUCAUCUCAGCGCACGCGCUGCUGUCAGACAAAGAGAAGCGAAGGGCGUAUGAUUUGUAUGGCGCUGGUUGGGCGGGCGCGAAGUCGCUAUUUCCGCCGCCAGAUUUUAACAUGAGCCGAGAGGCUAGGGACGCCUGCAUGCAUAAUGCUACGUGGGAGGAUUGGGAGAACUGGUAUGACAAGUUUAAUCCGCCCAAGCCUGGCGACCCGCCGCGGAAGCCUCAAGCGCCGAUAUUCUUGUCGAAUACCGCCUUCAUCUCGCUGGUAGGGCUUCUCGCGGCCCUGGCCGGCGUGGGCCAAGCGACACGAGCACACGAAAGUAGCAAGAAUUACGUGUACAUGAUCGAUGAGGCAAGCAAAAGGGCCAAAAGCGAGAUCAACAGUAUUCAUAGCGCCAAGCAGGGCUUGAACAGAGAGCAACGAAUCGACUAUUUCUUGAGGGAUCGAGACCCCGACGCCUUUGCUGAUGAGGGGUUGAGGAAGCUGGCACUGAAUCCUGACCUUGCUGCUAAUGUACAAACAGGUCCAGGCGAAGAUCUCAGGCGACGGUAUCGGUAGCAUGGCAGUUGUCAAGAUAAGCUAUUGUACUUGUAAGGAGCCUUUUCGGCUUGCUGCAUGAUCUGCAUGGGAUGGCGUCGCGAGCUUAAAUCUGCAUAUGUUUGCCAGAGGUUAAGUGCUACACGUUGAUUGGAAAGCGACGGUGGUACUGCUCAAGUCUGAUGGUCGCGGAGCGUUUGAAAAGGCCUCGCGUAGAACAGUCAUAGCACUCCAAUGAGUUUGCGUGUUGGUGGGAUGACAAACCAGCUGCAUGUGCCCUCUGAACCAUCCAUUACAACUUGGAGAUGAACAGUCAUCGCACCGUUGGGGGAACACGUUGAUGAAUGUAGCACCAUCAUUGCUCAAAAGCACGGAACUGUUUAUCGCACAGCAACAGCGCAGCGCAGUGCAGCGGCCCGCUGGAUCGGGAGCCCUCGUCCGUACUUGAAGUUGCCGCAUUCCACAUCGUUGCACGCAUCAGCCUUGCAUACAUCGUCGGCGAACGACAAUGCAGCGACGUAUCUGUCGUUAUCAGACAACAAAUAUCAGACAAGAGCUGAAAGGUACACUCUGGCCGGACGGUGCGAAACACUUGAACUGCAAUCACCUAAGCAGGACGAGCCCGCCCAAUCAGCUCGAUCUGGGAGAACAACGAAGAAAAAGACUAGACAAAAUGAGAGUCACACGUCCACGACGGGUAUGGAAAUGUAACUGUGCACAGCGACCGGUUCCUGCAUGGAGUCUUUGGGGCCAGCGCUCUCCCCAGCUUCAGACCGACAUGGCAUAUGUAUGUACAUCAGUGUAGUUCCUGGUAAAGAAGUCUCCAGUCAUCUGCCAACGUUGCGGGUCAAACAGUGUCGCGGAGGGUCCUGAGAAGUCGUGUGCGUGCCGAUCGUU